GAGAUGGUGGAACAGGUGGCCUUUGGCACGACUGUAAUCCCCAGUGCUCGCACCCGGGCGCUUGUGCCGCCAGUCUCCAGUGGCCUGUUGCCUGGAGCGGGACUGAACAUGGGCCUGGGUUCAGGCUUGAAUCCAGGCUUCAUGGACCCCAGGAUGGAUCCACGUCUUGCAACCUACCAACAACUCAUGGUCCAGCAGCCUGCCAUGUCCAUGGUGCCGGGAUACGAACAGCUCAUAGGAACAGGAGGACAGGGCUUUGUGCACAGCCCCAUCCAUGAGCUCACCAAGGGUAUGCAGUCGCUGCAACUCAUGCAGGGAAACCCUGGGCCCCAGGUGCUGAGUGACGGCAGCACCAUCAAGAUGCGUGGCCUUCCCUUCAGGGCCAGCAAGCAAGAGGUGAUCGACUUUUUUGCGGACUAUGAGUUCAUUCCCGACUCGCUCCACAUAGGGGUGGACAGAAUGGGGCGUCCCAGCGGUGAGGGCUGGCUGACGUUCUCCAGUUCCAUUGAGGCACGCCGUGCCGUGCGGGACAAGAACAG